UUCAAAGGGAAGGGCUGGCGGCGGAGAGGUGGUUCGGAGACCGAGAGGGACCGGGGCGUCUCACAGCCCGAUCCCACCCCGGUGCUUUGCAUAAAUAAAUAAAUCAUGCGGAGAAGGAGAGGUGGAGAGAGCGGGCGAGCAGAGGAGGUUACUUUGGGAAGCCGCGGCUCGCUCAUCCCAGCCCCGUCUUUUGGAGGGAGUGUGUCAUGUUACAGAGGAGCCACGAUCAGCCAGAGCGCAGCGUCGCCGGAACAGCUGAGAAUUACCUCUCUCUAAUGGGGACUUUCAUGUGUGAGCUCCUGGCCGGUCUGCGAAGGAACUGAAACUGGCAGCUUAAAAGGAAAUCAAAACCUACCAGCGACUGAAAAGACUGAAAGACAGAAAAAAAAAAAAAAUUCUCAUAAGAUUUUUUUUUUCUCUCUGAAUCUUUGCUGCAGUUGGAUCCGUAUUUUUUUCUUUUUCUUUUUUUCUUUUUUUUUUUUCUGUGCCCCUUUUUGUAUGCGUGUGUUUUUAUUUUGCAUUUUUUAGACACCCCCGUCCACUUUUGUCAUUCUUGCUGUUAACUGUCAUUUGCUGGCACCGGGAUCCCCUUGGACGUUUGUUUUCUAUGCCUUCUGGAUUGUGCUUCUUGGAAUAGGAGAGAGGCUUUAUUUAUUCUAUUUAUUUAUUUAUUGUUUCUCAGGACAGGGAGGGAAUGUUGGAGGAGAAGAGCUGGAAAGGUGUCGGCGAAGCAGCUUUUGAAAGGGGGUGCGUAGCUCCCCCCAGGACCAGCGACGGGGAGAGAUGCUGCCGCCUCCCGCUGCUGCUGGGCUCGGGGCUGCCCGGCAUCUCCCUGCUCUCUCUGGUGCUCAGCCUCCUGCUGUACUUUCGGACCUCUGAUCUGCAAUCCCGAGUGUCCCACUUGGAAGCGGACAGAUCCACGCAGCUCCCUGCCUGGCUCUCAGCAGACCAAAUGGAGACAGCUAUUUUGGGAAGAGUUGACCAACUGCUUGAUGAGAAAUUGAAGUUUCACUUGCCGAGACAUCGAGAAGUUCGAGAGACACACCAGCGAUGCAACUGCCCAGCAGGUCCACCUGGUGCUACAGGAAGACCAGGACUUCCGGGAGACAAAGGCGCAAUGGGGAUUCCUGGGCGGCCGGGACUAAAAGGGCAACCUGGAGAGAAGGGUGCUCCAGGAGAAGCAGGCAUGUCUAUCAUUGGGCCCCGUGGUCCACCCGGACAGCCUGGAACAAGAGGUUUUCCUGGAUUCCCGGGUCCUAUUGGCUUGGAUGGCAAACCGGGUUAUCCUGGACAGAAGGGGGAGAUGGGUGCCACAGGUCCCAGGGGACAGCCUGGACCCCCAGGACAAAAAGGGGAAAAGGGUCAGUGCACAGAGUACUCCCACAGGCUGUUGCCUCUCCUCAAUUCAGUGCGGCUGGCUCCACCUCCGGUCAUAAAGAGACGCACUUUCCAGGGUGAACAAGGACAAGCAGGAAUCCAAGGUCCUCCGGGGCCACCCGGCCCGCCAGGGCCCACAGGACCAGCUGGACCCGAGGGAACCCCAGGAGUGCCCGGACCAAUUGGGCCACCUGGCAGAGCUGGAGAACCUGGGAAGCCUGGCAGAGAUGGAAAGGGCUUACCUGGGCCUCCUGGACCAAAGGGAGACCCUGGGAUUCAAGGAUACCCUGGCAGAAAGGGUGCUCCUGGGAUGGCCACGGCAGGGAUGAAGGGUGAGCCUGGGACUCCAGGAGAAAAGGGAGAGCCUGGAGUCCCAGGGAGGAUGGGCCCCCCAGGUUUGCCAGGGAAAAGGGGGCAGCGGGGUGAGAAGGGCCGAGCUGGUGACCCUGGGCUCCCUGGCCUGAAGGGAGAGAAGGGAAGUGGUGAGAAUGCCUUGGUGGGAAGCAAAGGGGAACCUGGCCCUCCUGGUCUGCCUGGGCCCCCCGGACCAAAGGGAGAAGCUGGCGACGUUGGUGCUGCAGGAUCACGGGGGGAAAAGGGAGAACGUGGUGCACCAGGAGAGCAGGGACCCAUGGGGCCAAGGGGCCCCAAAGGAGAGCCUGGAAAGGAUGAAAUGAUGGACUAUGAUGGUAACAUCAGUGAAGCUCUCCAGGAAAUACGAACCUUGGCCUUGAUGGGACCGCCAGGACUUCCAGGUGUGGCUGGACCUCCAGGGCCACCAGGACAGAAGGGUGAAAUUGGCUUACCGGGUCCUCCAGGCCAUGAUGGAGAAAAGGGACCACGAGGCAAGCCAGGAGAAAUGGGCCCCCCUGGACCUCAUGGACUGCCAGGAAGGGAUGGACCACCUGGAAUAAAGGGAGAGCCAGGCCAGAUUGGGGCUGCAGGAGAAAAGGGGCAUAAAGGAGAGCCAGGACAAGCAGGCUCACCGGGUCUUGAUGGCCCCACUGGAGAGAAAGGAGAACGAGGUGACCAAGGGAUGCCAGGACCACCAGGAUUGCCGGGUCCCAUUGGACUUCCAGGAUUGACAGGAGAGAAGGGUCAGCCUGGGGAGCGUGGAGACAAAGGAAGUCCAGGAGAAUCGAUGUCUGGCCCCCCUGGACCUCAAGGCCCACCAGGACCUCCAGGUCUUCAGGGCCUUCCAGGACCAAAGGGGGAAGCAGGGAUUGAUGGAAUGAAAGGAGAGAAGGGUGUCCAGGGUGAAAAAGGAGACAGAGGGCCACUGGGAUUACCCGGUGCUUCAGGUUUAGACGGCAGGCCUGGACCACCGGGUACUCCAGGACCAAUUGGGGUUUCGGGACCAGCAGGACCAAAAGGAGAACGGGGUAGUAAAGGAGAUCCUGGAGUUGUAGGACCAAUGGGGCCAGCAGGACUUCCUGGUUUACAAGGUUUGCCAGGUGACAAAGGAAUCCGGGGUCUCCGAGGUUUUAAAGGCGAGAAGGGUGAGCCGGGGUUACCUGGGCUGGACGGGCUGGAUGCCCCAUGCCCAUUGGUAUGGCGUACCUUCCCUUUCCUGCAUGUUUGUUUGCUUUUAUAUCUUGGUUGUUAUUUUCUGAUACCUCCAUGUAGUUGCAUGCCCUAGAGACGUAUGACAGCUCCUUCCUCACCUCUCUCCAUCCCACCUCCCUCACACCGCUGUUGUCAGAAACGGUCUUUUUCUUCCUAUGAUUCACAGCUGCUGCCAGUGUUACUUUAUGGCGUGAGGGAAAAUGCAGCAGGAAUGAGAAUUUUAAUGCUGCUUCAGUUCUCGCUUUGCCUUCACUUUGAGAACAUCUGUUAGACUAACACACGAAGGCUGCCUCUGCACUAGCUUGGUUUCUGAGCCAAGGAGCUGAAAUGCUUUCAUCCUUCAUUAACAUUAAUUGCUUGUAUGUGUUUAGCAGUUUGACACUGCUCUGUGUUACUCAGUCACUCUGAAUAUUGACUGGAAAAAUAUAGCUGUUAGAGGCCCAUGUGAGACGUUAGUAGACACCUCCCUCAGCUCCCACUAGAUAAUUCCUGUUUGUGAUUCUUCCCUGAAAUGAAAACAGUACCCACAGCAUCCAAUGUCUUGAACUUGGAAUCACCUAUUUUCCCAUAUCUGUCUCAUUCUAAUAUUAAAAAGCGAUCACUGUAUUAGUGCUUCAUUUAACCCAACUACUGUAGCACAAAAGGUAUUCAGGAACACUUAACCUCAACUGAUUUAUAAGUAUCCCAUUAAAGAACACCAGUUUACUCAUUCACAAAGAUCAUUUGUGGACGUGCUGCAUUUGGGUGAGGUUGUUGCCCCUUCCAGCUGUCUGCACCAUUCCAUAAUACCCUGACACUUGUGCUCUCCUGCCCUUCCCGCCCCCAUUUAGCAUGGCUAGGUUUUCUUUUUUGCUUGAGGAUGACCUUUCCAAACCUUAUAUUCACUUAAAGAUGUGUGCUUUCAUUUGCAAGAGAUGUGGUAUCAGUUCCUUCAACUGGCUGGAAAAAUGUAUCCCAAGAAAAACACGAUACCAUAUUUAGCAGGGCUUUCUAGUUUCCUGGGGAAACUGGCCCUGGAGUUGUCAUUAUGAAAGCCUCCAUUAUUUGGCCUCUGUGAAAUGCUAGUGUUACUGUUCCUUCCAGCACUCCCUCCUCAGUUUGCUGCCAUUAUCUCUUCAUAGCAGCAUGGUGACUAUUUACAAAGCCUCAGUUGCCACUCUGUCAAUUCCAGGUAGUACAAAGCAAACCUCAGAAGCGAAAUCAUGCCUGUAAAGGAACAAAAGCCAUGUGUUUCACUUCCCACUGCCAAUAGCCAAAAUUCCUAUGGAGUAAGUUUGGUCUGAGUACAGCACCUAAUUUCACAGGUGCCAGGCACAGAUUCUGCCUGUGCCCCCACAGACUGCCUUUUGUUUGUCUCUGCUUUUCAUGGCCAAAUUACAGCACACACCUCUUCAUGCCUAUGUUUUUUUAGGGAAACUUGACAGAAAAUCUGGUGAAAUACAGAUGCUAUUUUUAUUUACACAAACAGCAUACUGGCAUGCAAGCUAGCUUGAGAACUUGAGUAAGCAUGGGUUUUGAUCCAGCUUGUUUAAAAGCUGCUGACACAUCCAUGUGCAUAGCUUAUGAGGCCAUGAACUAAUGAUUUACACAUCUGAUACGUGGAUGGAGAUGCUUGAUACUAAUAAGCAUGUCCCAUUUCCAUUCUCCGCAAAUUAGCCUGCAACAAACACUUCCUUAUGACCCUGAUCUUCCUUUGAUCCCUACACUGUAACUCUGCCUUUCCAUUCCUUCAUGAACCUAACUUUCCAUUUCCUCCUGCAACGCACUGCACCAGUCACUCCUACCACCACCAGAGUACCAAUGGGAAUGCCACAAGUUACCCAGUAGUUAAUUGAUCUAAACUUCAGGAUUUCCCCGUAGUGGGAGGAGAGGGGGGUGAAAAUAUACCACAAGGGGAACCAUAGUCCAAAAAAUUGAUUCAGAAAGCAGUAUGGUUAGAGCAUCAGGACACUAUCACUUCAUGAAUCUCUUCUAAGCAUCUUUCUGAUAGGUAGUUUUUUUGUCCCAAUAUGCUAUUGUGCAUUUGCUUUUCUAUUUGUUUUGUUUUGUUCCCUUCUCAAAUGGGAUGAUGUACUUUCUCACGAGGUACUUGAGGAAGUGAGAACUGAGUCAUUUGACUGAAGAAAUGUGCCUGCCUGGCUCUUUGUACAAUCUCACUGCCUGCAGUUGGGUUCUCAUGGGGAACAGAAUCAGCCGCAGAGCUUGACACGCAGACAAGAAGUAUUUGACUUCAUGUUGUAGCUGUAGCUUCUUGGGCCUGACUUUUCAGCAGCUCAUCUGCUCAAGAGUACAUUAUUAUCAACACUGGGUUCCUGUUUUCUCUUGUUACAUGCUAAUUAAUGUCAGUAAUUCACAAACGCAUUUCACAAGCGCAUUUCCUAACUGCUUAGUCUCAUAUAUUUUAGUGGCAAAGUCCUUGAAGUAUCCAACCUUCAACAUAGAAAAAUAUUAAAAUUGCAUCCUGGCCUUGUAGGCUAAGGUUUUGGAGUUGCAGAGUUGAAGGGGGUAUUUUACAGAAAUUUCACUGACUUUACUGGGGCAAAAAACACAAAACCAACUAUUCAAGGAGCCAGCUGAGACCCUGCAGCAGGAGCCUCUCAGAGCAGAGGGGAUAGCUGAGCAGUCUGCCACGUGAUGAAACAAACCUUUCAACACAGGGCAGAAAGGAGAUGGAAUUUUUUUCCAGGCCCUCCUCAAGAGCCAAAGUUAGCACUGCCCUGGGGUUUGCCUGCCCUUGCUGUGCCAAGCAUGAUAACCCACCUCAGUGCUAUAGAGCCAGACCUAGGAUAUAGACCUGCCAUCUUGUGUUCUCCAUGGCCAACCUCCUGCUAUACUUCCCUAGCUGAACAGGACCUCCUCUGUUCCUCUCUUUCCCUGAGGGAAGCCUGCUCAAGCACCUUCCUUGGAGAAAUGUGCACAAGCUUAUGGCCCUGGUGUGAGCCUGCAGGCAGCCCCUCCAGCCCCAGCCUUGCUUCCAGCUGGGCUCAGUCACAAACCUGGGUCACUGCAAGGCGGUGAGGAAUAUCUGUCCGACUAUUCCUCCAACCCUGGUUCAGACUGUUUGUUGCAGCUGUAAUAGUGAGCCCAUUCUUUCUUUCCUCGUUCUUUGCACUGUUUUCUGUGUCCUAAACUGCUAUUUCAUUCAUGCUUCUGCAGGGAGAAGACGGCCUUCCAGUUCAAGGCUGCUGGAAUAAGUGAUUGUUCUAACCCUGGACUGGCCUGUGUGUGUUAUUGUACAUAGAAUAUUUAUUUUUAUACAGCAUUCUUCUCUGAAAUGCUCAAAGUUAUGCGUUUUUACACAUUAUCAAGAAGCUGCGUAUUUUUUGUACAGGAAAUACUAGAUCUCCCUUCAUCCCUGUUUGUCAGUUCUCUGUGUAUGUCUUCAUUAUGCUUGUUUUGUCAUGGAGUACAGCUGUAAUAUUUACAUGAUAUGUGUGUGCACAUGAUGGAUAUAGGAACUUAAUAAAUUAUUGCAUUAAAAGUGCCCAAAGGAACUGCCCUGUAUACCUUCUAAAGCAACUUUCCUUUUUUUUCAAGCUGGAGUCAUUCAAGAUUAUUUCAAAAUAUGACAUAUUUUUAUUAAAGAAGAAUGUUCACAGGUUUUUGUUGAUUUAAUUAAGGUAUUCCUGGGAAAACAUGCAGUAUAAUGGGAACUUAGAGAUUCUCUGACUCAUGGUUGUGGAACAAGAUGAUGUUUCAUGAGCAGAUUCAGACAGCCAAGUGCAACCCACCACAGUUCCUCAGGGCGGCCCAGUGCCCGUGCAGGAAAGGGAACACCUCAAAGGCCAUACUGGGUGACUCUUGCCUCUGGCCUUAGCAGUUACUUACCUGGAUUAACUCCCAUGAUGAUAAGUCCAGGAAUUUAAGAAUCUUCCUGAAUCAUAUGCCUGCAACUACCUUAAUUAAAGCUUCAUUUAAAAUCAAACAUAUGGCCGAAUACCUCGAUGAUAUCCUAAUGAAUAUUUAUUAGAUAAACCAAUCCACGUGGCUCUUUUAAUGCUAACCAAAGUUGCAUGGAAAUUUGCAGUGCAUCAUUAUAAUUUGCAUGUGUACAUCUUAACAAUCCUCCUUGUCCUAUCUUUGUCAAUGUCUAAAGCCUAAACUAUCCAUCAAGAAAAUAAUCAGACUAAAUGAAUGUCACGACAUGCUCAGAAAGUAAGCAGAAGCGUGGAAACCUGAAGUGAGUUUCAUCCAAAAAGCAGCAGAGUUUCUACUGUCCCGAGUCCUUUGCUCUCUGCCCCACAGCUCCCCUCUCAGAUUGCUCUGGGAGUCAGAAACUCCCUGUAACGUUCGUUAUUUUUACGAACAUGUCUUUGUAUGCCAACAUUGUCCUCUGGAUGAAACUCUUCCACGUGCAAUGAGAUGCUCGGGGUGCUGGAAAAGAAAGAAAGCAAACUGCGGAACACUGAGAGAUUCUUGUUUUCUCAGUACCAUAUCCCAUUAAUGUAAUAAGAGCAGUACUUAUUUAAGCAUGGAUGCCAUAGAGCUCCAGUGUUUUAAUUAGGCACCUGUUGAACACAAAGCAAUAAAACCCCAACCAGCUGGCAGGAUUGGUUUGGGAAGGUGAUAGCAGCAGCUGCAGUGAAUGUCUUAUCUGGUCGUAUAACAUUGGGCUCUAAGGUAGGUAAUUUGAAUGCUUCACUCCUCCCUAAAAAUGCUGGCUAUAGUUCAUCCUCAAAAACAUACAGAUCCGUGGAAGAAUCUGCUGGUAACUUCUGUUCCCUUUGCUGUCUGUUGUGUUUUUCUUUUUUAACUGUUGCUUGUGGUUGUAACUGCAUGAGGCUGCCUUUGUUUGGAUUUGCUCCAUCAUAAAAGAAACAUUGGUGUUGUCUUCAUGUAGCUGCUUGCCUAUCACAAGAGUAGGAAAACAGUGACAUGCGUGGUGGUUGCUGCUGACCACAGCCUGCCUUUGUUGUGUAUUUUGAACUGAAGCAGAUAGGUGUUUCACACUGCAUGAACGUGAGGGCUGUGGGAAUAGAAAACUCAUCAUCUGAUGUAGAUAAAUCAGAGGUUGCAAAUCAGAGUGCAAUUGUGCCGACCCAAAUAUAAGUGCCUCACAAUUCUAGAACAACCCCCAAAGAACUGAAGUUGGGUUUGUGCCGUGCCAAAUGCAAUGGUUCCAUUUCUGGAUCCCUGCCUGCUAAAAUCUGUAGCUAGGCUGUCACUGUUUGUUGUUAGCUCUGACUGGCCGUUCUCAUGUGAAAUCCUUUGUCUGCUGCUUCAAGGGUCAAACUCCUUGGCUGAUAGCCAAAAAGUGAGAUGAGUCUGAGAGUGGAGAAGCUUGAGAAAUGACAGCAAAAAAAAAAAAAAAAAAA